CCACCAGUAUGUUCCUUCAGAAUGCUUUUAUAUGCAAAACCUCUUCUUUCCAACCUGUUUGAUUUGGUAAUAUUUUAUAUUCUGCGUCUACAGAGUGCUCGAGUUAUUAAGUUAUUGUUUUUGGCUCUGAGUUGCGUCAUCAAAAGCGCCUGGAGAAUUGACUCGUUCUGAAGAGUCGAACAAAAAAAGAACCGAGUCUUCUAAUCGAAUCACCCGUGGCUAGAUUGAAGCAGGAGCAGCAGGAGCAGCAGGACACACGCGCACAUGCACGCACACACACACUCUCACACACACACACACUCACUCAUACACCCCGCACGCACGCACACACACGCGCGCGCGCGCAGGAACGGAGAGCCGGACGCGUUUCGGCACUAUGCUGCCGCUGCAAACCCCGAGCCUUACACCAAAGGAGUUUCACCAUCCCGGAGAGCAACAUCACACAGCUGCUGACUUUUUUACACCCAAACCGUGGAUAAAACUAAAUGAUGCACGAUUUCCGAAGAUGGGCAAUCUUAGGAGAGCGCACACUGCACGCUGCACGCGCCAAGACUAAAGACUUAACCCCAGAUCUAAUUAAAUCCACUUCUGCUGUUCCCAGAGUUCCACAGCGAGAUCCUAAAACUCCAACCACCAAAUGCGCGCGGAAAUCUUCACCAUAAUCUCAUCUUAAACAUUUCCCUGGGACUCGGAGAUUGUGGAUAAAACCCGCUGUGUGUGUGUGUGUGCGUGUGUGUUUGCAUAUGUGUGUGUGUUUGCAUAUGUGUGUGUCUGUGUAUGUGUGUGUUUAUUCCAUCUACGGGAUCUUAAUUUCUGGAGAAAACACCCUGGAGCUAUAGGACAGGUUUAAAAUCCAACAUCCAUGCAGGGAAAUGGACCCAAAUGCCCCAUGCGAGCGAAGCUGUGUCAUUCAGAGAGCAGCCGGCUGUGACCAGAGAGGAGCUUGUCACUGAUAAAACUGCCAAACGUGCUGUUUUGGUCCACGUACUUAAAGCGGCCCUCCCUGGCCUCCGAGUGAAAAUGUGAUGAGCUUGGCUAUCAGUCUCAACCCAAGCAUGGAUGGAGGCAAGCAAGGGAGGCACACAGGCUAAUGAGACCAUUGGUCUUGUGUUGGGGGGGCUUAGGAGAGCCAAUUACAGGAGGAUUAUCCACUUUUCUCCAGCGUAGCUCCACCGUGGAAAGCUUCAAGAGCUGUUAAAAACUUCAACCUGGUGGAAUUUACUCCUUUUUUUAUUGCUUUGUACUUGCAGCCCCUCUGAGCUGUUUGUGUUUUCUCCCCACCAAAAAUGGAGAUACAGGUACGAAUAUGGAAUAAAGAUGUGAUGAUCUUUAUUAGACCAUGGAUACCGAUCCUACUAGGCCUUCACAUGCAGUUCUCCUGGGCCACGACUUGCCCAGAUGAGUGCCGCUGUGACAGAACCUUUGUGUACUGCAACGAAAGGAGCCUAACAUCAGUGCCUCUGGGGAUAGGUGAGGGUUACAAAACCCUCUACCUCCACAACAACCAAAUCAACAAUGCUGGAUUUCCAGCAGAGCUACACAACGUUGCUUCGGUAGAGACGGUGUAUCUCUACGGCAACCAGUUGGACGAAUUCCCAGUCAACCUGCCCAAAAACACGCGGGUGCUCCACCUGCAGGAGAACAACAUUCAGACAGUGUCACGUGCGGCGCUGGCCCAGCUCCUGCGCCUUGAGGAGCUCUACCUGGAUGACAACUCUAUCUCCACAGUGGGUGUGGAGGAAGGGGCAUUCAGGGAAGCCAUCAGUCUCAAAAUCCUCUUCCUAACCAAGAAUCAUCUGAGCAGCGUGCCCGUUGGACUCCCUGAAGAGCUCAAGGAGCUGCGUUUGGAUGAAAACCGGAUAGCUCUCAUCAGUGAUGAUGCCUUUGAGAAUGUAACAGGGCUUGAGCGCCUCCUUCUGGAUGGAAACCUCCUGACAGAUGAAGGCUUGGCCCCAGGAGCAUUCCAGGGUUUGGUUAACCUUAAAACCCUGUCCAUGGCACGCAAUUCCCUGAUGGUCCCUCCUCCUAAUCUGCCCACCCAGUGUUUGGUCAAGCUCAGCUUGCAGGAUAAUCUGAUGAAUGAGAUCCCUUUGACGGCUUUCCAUGGCCUGCACCGCCUCGAGAGACUGGAUAUUUCCAACAACCAGCUGCAGACUCUCACACAGGGGGUCUUUGAUGGUCUCCUUAGCCUGAGACAGCUCACUGUUCGAAACAAUCUUUGGCUCUGUGACUGCAACAUUAAAUGGGUCAUAUUGUGGCUAAAGUCCUUGCCGGCCACGCUGAACGUCCGUGGCUUCAUGUGCCAGAAGCCUGAGAGUGUGCGUGGUAUGGUAAUCAGAGAGCUAAAUUUGGAGUUGAUCCAGUGCCCCAGCAGUACAGCCAUAGUGCCACGAUCAACACAACAGCCGACACACUCCUCUUUGCCUACUGCUGAGUCAGCCACUGAAACAGGCUUCUCAACCCCAAACUACGUCCAUACUCCCAGCUUUGCACCCGCACCAUCUGCCCUGCCAACCGAGCACGGAGAUAAAGAACUGAGGACAGAUGUCCCUGAGGAUCCUGUGCAGGAAUCGCUUCGUGUUUCCUUCAUUGUCUUAAACAGCACGUGCGUCCAGGUGAACUGGAUAUCUACCUUCACUGUCACAGCGUACAAGGUGACUUGGGUCAAGAUGGGUCACAGUUUGAUAGGCGACCCUAUGCAGGAGACUAUGGUUGAAGGUGAGCAACAGAGAAUACACCUGACCAACCUGGAUCCCAAAUCCAUCUACCGAAUUUGCGUGGAUCCGCUGGAUGCUUUCAACAAUUAUCACACAGGAGAAGACACGAUUUGCUCGGAGGUGAUGACCAAGCCGGCCUCCUAUGACUUGGACGAGAAGGCCGAGCAGGCGAGCCAACAGGACCUCGGCUCAUCUCUGCUGCUGGCCGGCCUGAUCGGAGGGGCUGUGCUUGUCGUCCUGGUGCUGCUGCUUAGCAUAUUCUGCUGGCACAUGCACAAGAAGGGACGGUCGUCCUCAUCCAAAUGGAAAUAUAACCGAGGGAGGAGGAAAGACGAUUACUGUGAAGCAGGCACAAAAAAGGAUAACUCCAUCCUGGAGAUGACCGAGACUAGCUUUCAGAUAGUUUCUUUGAACAACCAACAGCUCCUUAAAGGGGACUACCGAAUUCAGCCCAUUUACACUCCUAAUGGAGGCCUUGGCUACAGAGACUGCCACGUGGCCAACAACAGUACAAGCUACAGCAAGAAUAGCGUUCCAGAGUCUAACCCUUGCCAUACAUGAUGGUUUUCGAAAGGUAUUAAUCCUUUGUAUUAAAAAUUCGACUUAAAUACGCUGUACAGUAUAUAUUUCAAAGAUGAACUGUAAAUGCUGUAAUUUAUACUCUUAUCAGUGAUAUCGCCUUCUUUUGUAUUCCGAGUAAAAUGCAAAAACAAUUUAUGAUGUACUAGUUUCUCCUGUUGUAUUACUACUGCGCUCGUAGGAAACCAUCUGAGUAUCAUAAACUGGAGUAUGUAUGCAGAUAAUUGUUUACAUUGUUGUGCACAAAAAUCACAGAAAGUGCCCAGAAAUAUAUAGAUGAUUAUCUAGAAUUGGAAAAAAAUUGAUGGUUAGUAAGGGUCUGAUUGUGAGUGAGUAUGAGUGAGAAACUGAUUCACAUUAUUUAUGCUCGUCUGACUUCUUUGUUCUUUAGUUGUACCACAAGAUGGCAUUUUUGUUUCUUUUCCUUACAUUAAUUGGCACCUUUUUCAAGCUUGUUCAUUAAUCUGACUUCCAGAAUCAGCUGUUCAGGUUAAGUGGUCUGCAAAUACAGAGAGAAAAUUCUACCUGCCAAAAAACCCAGGGCUUAUUUGUUAAGUGAAGAAAAAAAAGAAAGAGAAAAGCAGGGUGGUGAUGGAAGAUGUGCUUACUGGGUGCGUACAUUAAUGGAUUGCAAAAAAAUGAAAUGUAUUCCACUGUGAAAACCACAACUGCAAAGUAUGAAUUAGCACAGUCUGGCAUUUUAGCUGCACAGCUCUUGGAAAGGAAGACUGAUGAUAAUUGACCAUUAUCAUUCUGCUUCUGGGGGCAACUUUCUUCACGUACAGCUUUUUGUGUAUUUAUUUUUACUAAAUUGGCCAGGUAAUAGUGUCGGAAAGCAUUAGACUGGAAUACAUCAGAUCAGGAAGAUUCAUGGCUUGGCUGCAUCAUUAUCUGGUUUGAAGGCUUCUUAUCCUAAUUGUCUUGCUCUGCAAACAACUCUGUGAAACAUAAAUAUCCAAAAUAUGACCACGUAUUGUUUCUUUGCAUAUAUCCAUGCAUUAUUUCCAAGAAUAUCAAUAAACGUUGUCACGAUGUUGACUAGAAUAAG